ACUGACUCCAGGCCAGACUCCGAAACUCUUACAUGGCAGAACGACAGAUUGUUUUGUAACAGUUUUUCUAAACCUGUCCAAUGAGAACACGUGGUUUCCAUCACAUGGUGCAGCCUUUACAUAACUGUUUUUCCCCUUCCUGUGCUUCAUUGAGAAUUUCGGUGUAUGCUGGACCAGACCAUGACGGACGGAGUAUAUCUUCAAGCUGCGUUGCUUAUGCUCCUUGAGUGGAUGUACUUAACUACAAUCCUCUGAACAUGGAGACAGAGAGUGAGACUAUGCUGCAGCUUGCAGCCGAGGCUUUUCAGUUACAAAACUUCGACCUGGCAGCGGAUAUCUACGAGUGUCAACUAGCGGGUCUCAGAGAUCCGGGGGGCCGGUGCGAGCUGAUGAUAAAGCGGGCUGACGCCCUCGCUUUCGGGGGUAAAUUCACCGAAGCCUUUGCUGUGUACCGACAAGCGUCUGAGCUAGAGAGGCUGAGACCGACCCACCUGGAGAACCUCGUACAUUAUAUGUCAGGUAGUAUCAGGAGGCAACAAAUCGGAGCCAGUCAUAACAGGUGCCCGGGUAGAGUAGAGGCGGCAGAGGCACUUGGGUGCCCGGACUUUGGUGCUACGGGUUGCGGGUACGAAGACGUCUCCUGUCGGAUAUGUCUAAGUUUUCUCUUCGAGCCAGUGACUCUGCCAUGUGGACACUGUUUCUGUAAAAAGUGUCUGGAGAGAGAGAAGAAGGAGAGGAAUCAGCCAGUGAUCUGCAGGGAGUGCAGGGACAGUUCCAGGGUAGCAGAUGUCCAGAGCUACAGGGUCAAUGUGGUCCUCAGCAACUUGCUGGCCAAAUGGUUCCCGACCCUACACCAAGCCGGUCGGCUUAGACGAGAGGGCAAUGGACUGUAUGCCGACAAGAAGGUUGAAGCAGCGCUGGAGAAAUACGACGAAGCUAUAUUGAUAGCCCCUUUGGACCACAUACUGUUCAGUAAUCGCUCUCAGAUACACUCCAGUCUUAAGCACUAUGAGAAGGCCCUCAGAGACGCCGAGAUGGCCUGCAGACUCAUGCCGCACUGGUCCAAGGGUCAUGUUCGUAAGGCACAGGCACUGAUGUCGCUGGGCAGGACAGAGGAAGCUCUGAGGGAGUACCUGCUCUGUCUCUCCUUAGAGCCUGAAUGUAGACUGGCCAAGAACGAGGCUCACAAGCUUCUUGGUGACCUCCUGGCUCCUGUUACAGAUCAAGUCCCUGAACAGAUCUCAGACUACUCCAACAUUAUUUCUUUGCGAGCAUACAUGAAAAACAUGAACACUCCCUCUCAGCCCAACAGUCAAACUUCGUUGUCAUCACAGUCGAGCCCUGCUUCUGCUCCUCCUGCACUGAACAGGUUAGAUGACAGUGAUGUCAAAGGUCAGGAAAAGCCUGAGGUCAGGAGGCUGGAUCACUCUUUACUUCUUAAAAGGAAACGGACAUGCACAGAGGUCGAGGUGGAAGGGGCACGACAACAGAGAAAGAGAUCCAAGUUUGAGCGAGAAGAGGUGACUGGUUCUAUGAGUCCUGAUGUCAGGGAUUUCUUUGACCCAGAUCCUUCAUUCGUCUUUCUUCUUGUCUCUUCCAGUCUUAACAACAAUGUGCCUAUAUUUGUGUGCACCAUGGCCUUCCCCACUGUGCCCUGUCCUCUCCAUAUCUUCGAGCCCUGCUACAGACUGAUGAUCCGGCGAUGCAUGGAGACGGGGACCAACCGUUUUGGCAUGUGUCUGGAAGACAACCUCAAAGGAUUUGCAGACUUCGGCUGCCUGUUGGAGAUCCGCGAUGUGAAAUUCUUCUCCGAUGGCCGUUCAGUUGUGGACACCAUUGGCAGACGGAGGUUUAAAGUCAUUCAGCACAGCGAGAGGGAUGGAUACAAUACCGCUGAUAUAGAGUACCUCGAGGAUGUUAAGGUGGAGGGUGUGGCAGAGAUUGAGCUGCAGUCACUUCACGAUACAGUGUACGACCAGGCCCUGGUGUGGGUCAACUCCCUUAAGACGGAGCAGAAGGAACGCAUUGAAGGACACUUUGGACCCAUACCUGGGAAAGACUUGGUGCUUCAGGCCAGUCCGAAUGGUCCUUCAUGGUGUUGGUGGUUAUUAGCUGUUCUUCCGUUAGAAGGGCGAGCCCAGCUGCCUUUCCUGGCCCUUACCUCUCUGAAAGAUCGCCUAAGCGGCAUACGAAAGGUGCUGCUCUUCAUGGCACACAGCAGGCAUCGAUGACGUGCUUUUCAACAAGCACGUAUCCACCUGGAAAGGGCCGUAAACCACCUCAUCCAAAGCUGCAGUUGAACCAUUGUUCUUCCUUGGUGCACAAAGAACUGAUUGUGAUGUUGUUGCACCUUAUCUGUUGUAGCACCUUCCUAUUCAGGUAGCAGUUCUGAGCUCUAUACUGUAUAUAUAUACAUAUAUAUAUAUAUACUGUAUACUUCAUCAGAAAACUUACAUAAGACAUAAAAAUUGUAAUAGAGACCUGAAAUAACUGACACUAUAUCAUCCAUGCUUAUUUUCUCUACUCAUCAUACAGAGAAUGCAUGCAGACCUGCACACAUAAGCUAGACAGGAAGAAACUGUGACUGCUUCAAGGGAGUGUGAAUAGGAUUUGAUGGUACCUCCUCCACAAUUUAAUAACACAUGUAGCUUCCUUUUUGUAAGUGUGAUUCUGAUGCAUAGAACAGUUUUCUCAAACCCUUCCAACGUUUCAUUAGCUGGGGGCCACACAUCUAAUGCCCAAAGCGUUACGAUGCCCCAGAAAGGACCUGAACGCGGCACAUUAAGCAGAGUGCAGGGUCUCUCUGCAUUUACAGAAAACCACCACACCUCAAAGCAAGUCAUACCUGACGAUGGAGAUCAUUUUUGUAGUCCAUCCAUGUUGUGUAAAGAAACACGCCGUCUGCCUUUAAGUUAACUGACCAUUUACAAAAAUAUUAGAUUUGGGUUAAAACCAAAUGAUCAUCUAGCGGUGAACUUUGAAUGUCACAGUAACAGUGCUAUUGUGCACAUGCCCACUGUAAUAUUCUGUCUCAAUUCUUCAUGUAUACAGCAAGAUUCUAUCGGGCCAAUACGUUUGAUUUGUCCAGGUUAGAAUGUUGCCUUUCUUGCUGUCUUCCAUUUUUGUAGUUCCAUGGUCUUCCUUUUGCUUACAUGGAAAAAGACUCAAAAAAGAGCACAAUCUCCGUUUGAUGGGAGUGUUAUCUUUAAAGCUCAUCAUAACUGGCUGUCCAAAGAUAAUUGCUAAUUUCUUAUCCCAAUACUUUUAUAUAUAAAUCUACUGCACAGGGCAACUUCUAUUAAUUCCCCGUAUGUCCCUGUAGGCAUUCUGCAGUACAUCAAAUGUUCAAUUGAAUGCACUCACAGAAGUAAGUGUUCUAGUGUAGACAUAACAUGUUUUUUUUUUUAUACUUCCUAACUGAAACAAUAUUUUUUGACAGCCAUUCUGUCCUCUUUACAUCAUUUAAGUGAUGUCCCCGUCUUCCUCUGCAUCACACAAUUCAGUAACAAACUCAACCUGUCCUUUUCUGAGGGUGCUUAAAGACUAUUGCUCUUGUGUUUAGUUGAUCCUUUUUUUUGUGGUGUUUUUUUAUUCCAUUAUUUAUUUUGUCAUUAUUUAUGCACGCAUUGAUAUAUGUUUCACAGAAAGAGAUGUUUACUUUCAUAAUGCUGCUCUUAACAAAACCCCCAACCCCCAAAUCCAUCAGCAAUAGUAAUCAUGUUAUUAUAAAGUAUUAUUUCUUUUUUUUUUUUUUUUUUUUUUUUUUUUUAAGAAUGAAAAAUACAAGUUGUCGAAAACAGAAGCAUGUAGGGAAAUUGUGCAACCAUGAAGUGAAGAUGGCAGCUUUUAAAACCUGUGCACCACAAACUCGAAUUGAAAAUGUGAAUUGAUUUGCUCCCUGAUGUUAUAAUCUCAUCCAACCAUAGACUGUAUGGCUGCAUAUGUGUGUUACAUGCCUCCACAAUGUCUUAGAGGCUUUGAUCAAUGAAAUCAAACUGGGCAGGCAAGGAACAAAAAGCCAUUAGCCACAACACCUCCAAUGUGGAUACAUAUCAAAAAGAUAUUACAGACGCAGAGAACAAUGUAUUCCUGAAUAAAUAUCAAGAGGCAGAAGGAAAGCAAAAACUUGCCUGAAAUUGAAUCAAAUAUGCUUAUGUUGUUUUUGAAGAACAGUGAAAUAAAUGUUUCAACAUUGA